CAAUGAUUUAUCCAGAGAAAUACGUAUAUUCGAUUACUGUACAAUUGUUUUACAGCAUCGGCGAUGCAUGUGGGGAACGUUGUUAAAUAGAAAUGACUGCUGGAGAAGUCUUAUCGCGGUUUACUUUCAAAUGCAAACAGUUUUAGGACUGAAAUAGUUGGGCCUGAUUUGUUUUCGAUAUCGUUCGUCUUCUUAUCAUCGAUUCAGAGUAUUUGUGACGAGACUGUACACUUUGAAGAGGAUUGAGCAAAGAGCGCAUGAAACGUUUAUUCGACUUUCGGUAUUUCGUAUUCCUUACUCCGCAUUCUACAUUCGAAUUCUCCUCGACUCGUACCUUGCAUCUGUAUCUGCUCGACUUGGUGCACGGUCAUAGUCGCCACACGAGCGUGUAAGACUCGGAAGGAAGGAUAAUCAUUUAGCAUCGUGACGAUCCACAAAGAUCGAUAUACCGUUACGCACAAGAUAGAUUUAGGACUCAACAAUGGAAUCAUUGGCUAAAAACAUACUUGGUAGAACGAGUGUAAUAUCGGGAAGCAAACUGUUGAAUUUGUUCCGUCAGAGCGAGCAAAACCGAACGCUCACGUCUCAACAAGUUUUCGACCGAGAAUCCAAAUACGGUGCUCACAAUUACCAUCCCCUUCCCGUGGCCUUGUGCAAAGCCGAGGGAGUUUUCAUGUGGGACAUGGAAGGCAAACGGUACUAUGACUUUCUGAGCGCUUACUCCGCCGUGAACCAGGGCCAUUGUCAUCCAAGAAUAUACAAGGUCCUCGCGGAACAAGCAAAAGUUUUGACUCUGACUUCGAGGGCCUUCUAUUCCGAUGCGUUGGGUGAAUUCGAAGAGUUUGUUACGAAACUUUUCGGAUAUGACAAAUGGCUACCAAUGAACACCGGAGUGGAAGGUGGCGAGACCGCGUGCAAACUGGCGCGAAGAUGGGGUUACAGCAGCAAGGGAAUACCACAAUACGAAGCAAAAAUCGUGUUUGCCGAAGGCAACUUUUGGGGGAGGACAAUGAGCGCACUUUCUUCGAGUACAGAUCCGACUAGCUUCAGUGGGUUCGGUCCUUUUAUGCCCGGAUUCGAGCUGGUCCCGUACGACGAUCUCGCCGCGCUCGAACAAAAAUUGGCUGAUCCGAACGUUUGCGCGUUCAUGGUGGAGCCUAUACAAGGAGAGGCUGGAGUGGUCGUACCAAAGGACGGUUAUUUGAAAGGUGUCAGGGAGCUGUGCACCAAGCACAACGUUUUGUGGAUAGCGGACGAGGUACAGACUGGACUAGCGAGAACGGGAAAGCGUUUGGCUGUAGACCAUGAAAACGUUAUGCCGGAUAUUUUGAUCCUUGGCAAAGCACUGUCCGGUGGUUUCUACCCGGUUUCCGGCGUGUUGGCCAACGACUCGGUGAUGUUAACGAUCAAGCCAGGCGAGCACGGGUCGACCUAUGGCGGCAAUCCUUUAGGAUGUAGGGUCGCUCUGGAAGCGCUUCGCGUGCUCGAAGAGGAGAAGCUGGCGGAGAACGCUGAGAAGCUCGGCGAAAUCCUCAGGACCGAGCUUCGAAAGCUACCGAAUGACAUUGUCACGCUGGUCAGAGGGAAGGGGCUUCUAAACGCUAUCGUGAUCAACGAAAAGAUCGACGCCAUGGGAAUCUGCUUGAAAAUGAGAGACGCGGGUUUGCUGGCGAAACCAACGCAUGGACACAUCAUUCGGCUGGCUCCGCCGUUGGUUAUCACAGAGGCUCAGACGCGGGAAUGCGCCGAGAUCAUUUCGAAAACUAUAAUACAAUGCGCAAACUAACCCUCGAUUAUUUGUAAUCCGCGCGACCCUGAUGCGCGAUUCACGGAUAUUGUAAAUAUAAGCAGAACAAAAUGCACUGGUAUUGUGAUAAUACUGGAGGCCGUUGUGAACAAAAUAUCACGAGUCACAUUCGACGGCACAUUGUUAUCUGGUUACUAUGUCCUCUAGGGUGGAAGAAAAAUUGCUCGCCGGUUAUUAAUAGUUUAACGCGAUAUAAUUCUGUAUUCUUUGAUCGAUGUUUAUUCCGACGCUUGUCGGACGGCUGACAUCUCGAGACACAAAUAUGUAUAAUGUCGUGAUAUCGCGUUUGAAGAUUGAAGUGACAAACGGUACGGCUCAUAUGACCACAAAGCAACUACAUAUGUACUUGUUCUUGGCUCGCUGAUCGGCUGUAUUCGUUUGCGCAUCGGUAAUAUCGACAUGGACACGUGUAAUCGAUUUCAUGCUAUCGGGCAUUAACAGUAAGAACGGUUGAUAAGCGAUAAGAACCCGACGAUCUCUCUCACAGCGGAUGUUUAUAACACCGUUUCAUUUUUACAAUCUUCGUGAUCGAUCUUGCUUUUGUUACUACAAUACUAGCAUUGUCCCGAUCGGAAAUGCUGUUUCGAAAUGUUUGUAUUCUAAAUAUCUUAAUCACGCGAUAAUGAACCGCAAAUGGGCCGUUGAUUCGACGAUGCCCUAAAAACCGUAUGCAUAUCUGUAUCGGUUUAUUCCAUCUUACGAGUGUCUGCAACCUUUCAGAUUAGUAUAUUAUUUGCUGUUUUUCGUUUGCCCGCCACGGCGACGCCGCAAUAAAAGGCGUCUUCGCACACGUCAUUAUCAGACAU